AUCAACUCCAACGUCGGUGGUCAAUAGCGAGAAGCCAAAAGUCGCCGACUCAGAGUCUCUCUCUCUCCCUCUCAGCUUGAAGCAUACGUAUACCAUGCCCUCGCCUUCCCGUCAAUUUUCUGGCUAAGCUUCCCGUAAAAAUACCCAAUCAGGAUAGGUGUUUCAUGGUUGGAAUAUGGAGAGAGUGGAGCAAUGAGCUUGAUUCUUUUAACCCAGUUUCAGUUCGGACUGAUGGAAAAUAGGGAUGGCAAGGAUUUAUAUCUCAGCCUUUCCAAAAAAGAGCUUCAAGAAUUGUGCAAGAGAUAUGGUUUGUCCCCAUAUAUGACGAAACCCAAUUUAGCCGAUGCUCUUUCUUCAUACUUGAAGGGGAAGAAUGCUAGUCCAAUAUUACAAGCGGAAAGCUCAAGUGUGCGUUCUGCAUCUUUGAUAUCACCUCUGGAGUAUGGAUCAAAAUCCUAUAAGAUGGUGCAUGCUCCAAAAGAUAGCAAUUGGGAUAUCAACCGUCAUGGGGAGAAAAGAAACAGAAAAAUGUAUUCUCAAAAUGUUAAAUGCAGUGGAAAACAAAAUUCCGAGGGAGCUGAAAGUUAUAAUAAGGCUUCAGGUUCUAGAAUUGAUCGGGACUUGGAGUAUCCCUUAUAUGAAGUUGGAGAGAAUUUUCGCUUACCCUGCAAAAAGAGAGGAACUUUUGUCUCACAAAAUGAACUUGGAUGCAAUGAGAUCAAUUUUUACAGAGAAAAGUCCCCCAAGAUUAGCUUCCGUAACCACAGUUUUUCUGUUCCAAGGGAAGUUGGGGAAAGCAAUGCACCACUGAUUCUACAUACAAAUUUGGACCAUGGUGCAUGUCUGGCAGAAAAUGCGUCUCCUUCCUCUACAAAAUCUCCGGAGUCCAUUCCUUCUUUCGAGUUUUAUAUUCGUUCGGAAGAGGGCGUUAACCUUAUUGUUGAUUUGAAUUCAAGCCUAUCAGAUUGGUCUAAGAGAUUGGAGAGUGAGCUGUGUUGUUGCCACAAUUUGGUUGAUAACAAAUUUGGAAGUCUUCGCAAGGAGCUUCAACUUUUGGGAAAGAGCAACACAGCAAUAAAAGGUUCAUUUUUACAGAAUACAGAUGCAAAGCAUGAGAUGAAAAGUGGCUGUGCACAUUCAACUGAGAAAGGAUGUGAAACUGUUGUGGUUGAUGAAGAAAAUUUACAUUUACUCUUCUCUUCACCUAAGUCUGUUGUUGGGAACCAUGUGACUUCUGGUGCAGAGUCUGAUCCAACAGACAGAGAGACAAUUCCUGUUGAAUCAAGUGCGAAAUUGUCAACUAAUUCUCUUAUUAAUUCUAUGCUGUGCGGUUCGAAAAUUUCAUUGGAGCAUCAGAAUUUGGAGGUUGGUCAUAAAAAUUGUAAGGAGUUAACCGGGAAAAAUACUUGCACUGACAUGGUCCCUAGUCUGGUCUAUCCUGGAUCUUUGUUGACAGGCUCAGUUGAACCGCAGUCACCAGAAGAAGUUAGCCACAAAGAUGAUUCAUGUUCUCCUUGCAGAAAUAAUAAUUUGCUAGAUGUGGUUGAUCUGACGCUUGAUGUGGAAACAAGAGAUGAUGAAAUGCAGUCACCAGAAGUUGUUAGCCACAAAGAUGAUUCAUGUUCUCCUUGCAGAAAUAAUGAUUUGCUAGAUGUGGUUGAUCUGACGCUUGAUGUGGAAACUAGAGAUGAUGAAAUGCAGUCACCAGAAGUUGUUAGCCACGAAGAUGAUUCAUGUUGUCCUUGCAGAGAUAAUAAUUUGCUAGAUGUGGUUGAUCUGACGCUUGAUGUGGAAACAAGAGAUGAUGAAUUGGCUUAUUCAAGCACUUGUCAAGACUAUGUGUCUGCUUGUGUUGAUGAAAGGGAAAAGAGUGAAGUUACGGAUGGGGUACAAACUUCAGAAUCCUUUCAGUUCACUAAGUUGUUGGAGAAAACAUCAGAGGAUUCAGAAGCUUAUAAUGUAGUAAAGAGAAAGGUGCAGCAUUGUAAGGGUAAAUAUCUGAAAGUCUGUCAUGUAUAUAAUGCUAGGACUCUAAGAAGCAGAAAGCAUCUUAUGGAGAGAGUUCUCCCUAGAAGAUCCAUGCGGGUAGUUCCUAAGGUUCGGAUUUCAUUGACUGCUUAUGGUUCCAUUAUGUUGCUUGGAUAACAAGUUUUGUAUGAAUAUGUGGCUGUGCUAUUGAUCGCUCAUUGCUCUAUUUGAAUGUAUUUCCAUCGUAAAUGGUGGAAUAGAAUAAUCCCGUUGAAGUAUAAAUGUCACACAUUUACAGUACAUUAAAUAUCCCGUUGAAAGUCCCUUUCUUCAACCCUUUACCUGAAGUUGAUGAUUAUUAGUUACUCUCACCUUUGACACCAAAGAAGAGGUCCGUUUGCUUUAUCAAGUCCUAGUUGUUUGUGAUUCAACAUUAGUAGUAUACUGAUUUUGUAGUUAGAACCAAAUACUUGUUUGUUAGUACUGCAUAUUCAUCAUAACUUUGCUCUCCCUUAUGAGCUUCCAAUUCUCCUACCUAUGAGUUAUUUUGGAGACGAUCCAUUGAUGAUAUCAUUUGGUUGUAUUGUUUCAGAAAUCCCAGUCUAGAGGCUGUUUUUAUGGUUUGGAGGUGUCAUACAAUUAAACAGACAUGCAUUUUUUUUUACAGCUUACGUGUUGUACUUAUGCUGCAUUAGUUUGUUAAAUCUGCAUAAGGGGAAAAGUCAGAAGGUAAGAGGGACACACUAAUCUUUCUCUAAAAGGAAAAACAAAGAAAAUACACAAUUAGAGAUGCAUCGCUGGCCAUGACAUCAUGUGGCAGCUCUCUUUAUCAAAGUUGGCCUUCUUGAAUAUCAUGAGAGUUUCAUUUGUUUUAUGAGUAAAGCAGGUUGAAAAAAGGCAUCAAAGGUGAUGAGCCCAUGUGUAAAGGGUUAGAACUUGUAUGAAACAAAGGCCUACUUGCCGAGAAUUCUUAUAGUGAAAAACUUGGUCUAUGUUAGGCAUAUCCAAAAAAAAAAAAAAACACCAUGCAACUAUGCACACAUGCACCAAAGGUGCAAAAAUACGAUCACCUGGGUGAGAGGUGCAUCAAGGUCAUGGUUUGUCGCCUUGACUGGUGGGAGGCGAGACGACCUGAAUGGAACUCAGCCUAGGUGAGAAAGGCAAGCAAGGCGAAAAAAGGCUCACCUCUUUCAAAUUCAAUCACAGCUGUAGGAUAUUGGUUAAACUUAUUACCUUAAGUGAUUCAGUCUAUCUUUCUCCCUCAUCUCUCUCAAACACCAGCAAAUGAUCAGAAACAGGUAAUUUCAUCUCUCAUCGAUCUUCUUUCCGCGUUCAUUCUUCUUCUCUCAUUGAUCGUUUCUAACGAUCAGUACUCCUCUCCCUCCCUCUCUCUCUCUCAUCUCUCAAUCGACCCUCUCUCUGACAAUCAUUCGAUCCUCGUAUCUCUUGACUCCAGUCUCCAGCAAACAGUGAGCUCUAGCAGUGGGUGAACGCAGCAUUAGAAGGAUGGGAUCAGAUCAGAUGCAUCUUUGUGAAAUUACAGAUUACAGCUGCUACAUUUAUUGCGAGAUAUUUGGACUCGAGAUUAUUGAAGCUGCACAAGUUGUGCCUUAAGAAGUUGCAUGUGAGCACUAUUAUUUUCAUCGACUGCAAUGGAUUUUCUUUCAUUUGAUUGCCUCAACACAAUUAGGACUUAGUAUUAGCCUUAUAAGCAAUUGGAUCUCAGUUCUGUUGCUGUACGGAUUAUUAUUUUUAGUUAUGUGUUGCUCAUAUUUCUUUCCAUGUAAGACUGUUAUUUCUUGCUCAUUUGGAAUUCAUUUGUUACAUUCUUCAAAUACAUUUUUUCAUUGGAUAGAGUUAUUGAAAAA